AUGUCUUUGGAAGAUAUUGUUAAAAACCUUGCUAACAAUAAUCUUCAAUUUCAACAGGAAACAAGGUCAAGCAUUCAGAAUUUAGGCAAUCAAAUAACUCAAUUGGCUACGUCAGUUAGUAAAUUGGAAGCCCAAAAUUCUGGAAAACUACCUUUGCAACCAGAAAUAAAUCCAAAGGAGAACGUUAGUGCAAUUUCUCUAAGAAGUGGAAAAGAGUUUCCUUCAGGCUUGAUUCCACUUAAGGGAAGUGAACUAAGCAAGGAAAAUGAAGAAGAAGUUUCCUCUAAGGCAUCACAUAGGGUAAAAUUUGAUCCUCCCGUAUCUCUUUCAUCUCACACUCCAUUGCCUCCUUUUCCUAGCAGAUUAGCGAAACCAAAAGAAGAUGAGCAAGAAAAGGAGAUCUUGGAUACAUUUAGAAAGGUGGAGAUAAAUAUCCCAUUAUUGGAUGCUAUCAAACAAAUUCCUAAAUAUGCAAAGUUCUUCAAGGAAUUGUGCACCGAUAAAAGAAGAAUGAAGGAAAAGGAGAAAGUAGUGGUAAGUAGGAACGAAGUUUUUGCAGAAGAAAGUGUUGGUCACGAACAGGAAUUAGAUGAAAAUUCCAACUUUGAAGAAAAUGAUUAUGAGAUUGGUGUAGAAGAACUAUUCUCAGCAAUAAUAUCUGAACCCACAAAUCUCAAUGCUGAAAUCUCUAAUACUAAUGACAAGAUGUUACCUUCUAUUGUGCAGGCACCAAAACUAGAGCUGAAAACCUUGCCGGAUCACUUAAAAUACGUGUAUUUAGGCGACAAGGAAACAUUGCCUGUUAUCAUCUCAAAAGGACUAACAAUGAAACAGGAAAGAAGAUUGAUUGAAGCUUUGAAGGAAUAUAAGGUUGCAAUUGGUUGGACGUUGGCUGACAUAAAAGGCAUUAGUCCAUCAAUUUGCAUGCACAGGAUAGAAGAUGAUGCUAAACCAUCAAGGGAACCACAAAGGAGACUAAACCCAACCAUGAAAGAAGUUGUCAUGAAAGAGAUACUCAAGCUAUUAGAUGCAGGUAUAAUCUACCUAAUUUCAGACAGUAAAUGGGUAAGUCCAAUUCAUGUUGUCCCUAAGAAAACUGGAAUGACUGUGGUAAGGAACUCAAACAAUAAACUUCUACCAAUGUGUGUGCAAAAUGGUUGGAGAAUGUGUAUAGAUUUCAGGAAGCUUAAUCAAGUAACUAGAAAAGAUCAUUUUCCCCUACCUUUCAUUGAUCAAAUGUUAGAACGAUUAGCGGGAAAAUCUUUCUUCUGUUUUCUUGAUGGUUUUUCAGGAUUCUAUCAAAUUCCUAUCGCACAGGAAGAUCAAGAAAAAAUAACGUUCACUUGUCCUUUCGGAACCUAUGCUUAUAGGCGAAUGCCUAUUGGUUUCUGUAAUGCUCCAGGUACGUUUCAAAGAUGCAUGAUGAGUAUUUUUUCUGAAUAUAUUGAGAAAUGCAUCGAAGUGUUUAUGGAUGACUUUACUGUGUAUAGGGAUUCAUUUGAUGAAUGCUUAGAAAAUUUAAUGAAAGGUAUAGAAGUUGAUAAGGCAAAAGUAGACAUAAUUGCAAACUUACCAUACCCUACUAAUGUUAGGGAAGUGCGUUCUUUUCUAGGACAUGCAGGAUUUUAUCGCAGAUUUAUCAAGGAUAUUUCCAAGAUCGCUUUGCCAUUGACAAAUCUACUGCAAAAAGAAGUUCAAUUUGAGUUUGGGAAAGAAUGCAGAGAGGCAUUCGUAAAACUCAAAGAUUUAUUGACAAGCACACCUAUUAUUCAACCACCUAGAUGGGAUUUGCAUUUUGAAAUCAUGUGCGACGCAAGCAAUUAUGCAGUGGGAGCAAUUCUAGGGCAGCGGAUUGAGAAGAAAAGUCAUGUCAUCUAUUAUGCUUCUAGGACGUUAAAUUCCGCACAAUGCAAUUACUCCACGACAAAAAAGGAGCUUUUAUCAAUUGUCUUUGCUUUAGAUAAAUUUCGAUCUUAUGUGCUUGGUUCUAAAGUUAUUGUGUAUUCUGAUCAUGCAGGUUUGAAGUAUCUUUUAGCAAAGAAAGAAUCAAAACCAAGGCUAAUUCGGUGGAUUUUGCUUCUUCAAGAAUUUUACUUAAACAUCAAAGAUAGAAAAGGAGUGGAAAAUUCUGUUGCAGACCAUUUGAGUAGGUUGAUAAGGGAAGAAGAUGACCUACCCUUCAAUAACAAUUUUCCUGAUGAACAUUUGUUCCAACUCAAAGGUAUGAUUCCUUGGUACGCAGACAUGGUAAAUUACUUAGUUACAAGAAAUCUACCUUAUUGUCUUAGUAAGUCUAGGAAGGCAAAGAUAAAGAGUGAAUCUAAGUAUUAUGUUUGGGAUGAACCCUUCUUAUGGAAAUUUUGUUCCGAUCAAGUGAUUAGGAGAUGUGUGCUUGAAAAUGAAUUUUGUGAGAGAUGUCAAAAAGUAGGAGCACUAACUCGAAAGAAUGAAAUGCCUCAAGUUUCGAUUCUCAUCUGUGAAAUAUUUGAUGUGUGGGGGAUCGAUUUUAUGGGUCCUCUACCCUUUUCUUGUGGUUUUUCAUAUAUACUUUUGGCGGUAGAUUAUGUAUCAAAAUGGGUGGAAGCUAAAGCCACCAGAACUGAUGAUUCUCAAACUGUUGCAGUUUUUAUCAAGGCUAACAUCUUUAACAGGUUUGGAAUUCCAAAAGCAAUCGUCAGUGACCAGGGAACUCAUUUUUACAAUAGAUCAGUUGUAGCUUUGAUGAAGAAGUAUGGAGUAAAUCAUAGAACAGCCACCGCAUAUCAUCCUCAAAGCAAUGGACAAGCCGAAGUUUCCAAUAGAGAAGUCAAAUCCAUCUUGGAAAAAACGGUGAAUCCAGGAAGAAAGGAUUGGAGCCUUCGUUUAGAUGAUGCUCUUUAG